CCAGUCUGAUACCUCCCUCAUUUCCGUAUUGUAUGGUAGCCAUGUUAGAAUGGGGAACAGGAGACAAUUUUAGCUCAGCUAAUUUCUCAUAGUUGUCUCUUUAAAUGGUCAAGUUUUCUUAAAUAAUCUGUUGUCACAUUGUGAAAGAAGAACUAUCGUUGCUUCAAUCUGCCCUACUAAUAUUGCAUAGAGUGCUCCAAAGAGAUGAGCAACAAAUUCACCAAGAGGGCACCAACAACAGCAACACAACGGUUAAAACAGGACUACCUUCGGAUAAAGAAAGACCCUGUGCCCUACAUCUGUGCAGAACCUCUCCCUUCAAAUAUAUUGGAAUGGCAUUAUCUUGUACGAGGACCAGAAAAAACGCCCUAUGAAGGUGGUUAUUAUCAUGGCAAACUCAUUUUCCCCAGAGAAUUUCCCUUCAAACCACCAAGUAUAUACAUGAUCACUCCCAAUGGGAGAUUUAAAUGUAAUACAAGGUUAUGUCUUUCCAUCACAGACUUCCAUCCUGAUACAUGGAAUCCCGCAUGGUCUGUUUCCACCAUCCUUACAGGGCUCCUUAGUUUCAUGGUAGAAAAAGGCCCAACUCUUGGCAGUAUAGAAACCUCAGAUUUUACUAAAAGACAGCUUGCUUCUCAGACCCUGGCCUUUAAUAUUAAGGAUAAGGUCUUCUGUGAACUGUUUCCAGAUGUUGUUGAUGAAAUCAAGCAGAAGCAGCGCCUCCAGGACGAGUUGAGGUCUCACGCCCAGGCAUUACCCCUCCCUGAUGUUGUGCCCGAUGGAGAUGCCCACCCUGGCCAGAACGGGCACCCGCCCUUCAAUGGUCAUGCCCACCCAGGACCUGCCAAUCCUCCUGACCUACAGCAGGUCAACCGCAACCAUGGACUGCUUGGAGGAGCCCUGGCAAAUUUGUUUGUCAUUGUGGGCUUUGCCGCCUUUGCCUAUACAGUCAAAUAUGUCCUAAGAAGCAUUGCACAGGAAUGAUCUUGGCUUAGUAAGAACAAAAUCAUAGUAGAGAGGAAAGACCAGGGGUGGGGGGGGGGUGAACUGUACUUGCCGUUACUGUUAGAAGCAGUAGGGUUACUUGUGUCCUUUUUUCUGUCAAGAGUUUUAGUGUAAGCAAGCAGUCAUGAUGUGGGUCAACAGCCAGGUGGUCAGAGGUUUGAGGGAUGCGUUGAAAUCAAAAUAGCAGGGUCUGCAUGGUCAUGUUUGUAAUGAAAUGUCAUCUUGGAGGAUUUUACCCAGUUAUAGGGGGUAAAAAUGGAGGCUCCAAACCUGUCUGCCAGUGUAGCCCUUAUAUGAAAACUGUUGUGUUGUUCAGGAAGCUGCCACCUGAUUCACAAAAGUUCCUGGACAUCCAAUUUGAAGUUCAAACCAUUCCACAGUUGAUUAUUACCCCACACUUUUCCUUUUGUCUAGUGUCGGAUGGACUGUAAGAGUCAAAUAGAUAAUUAUUGUACAAUUAAUUAAGGAACCAUUCCUGAACAUUUGCUCUAAUGUAAAUUGCAUUUUUGUAAUUGUGUUUAUGUAAUUGAAUGUGUUCCGGAUUUGAUAUCCAUGUUUUGAUGGAAAUGGAACAUGACUGAAGUACUACAGUGCUGUGCUGGUAACACUGCUUUGGGUGACCUGUGGCAAGAAACUCUCAAAUGAUUUGCUGUCCAAUAUUAAGUGAAGUCCAUUUUCUACAAAUAAGAAGCCAAAUCAAAAACUCAGCAAAUGUGAACUCAUUUUAUAAAACCAAUCCAACACUAACACGUGUUGCUGUCUAUGUGCAAGCUGUUUUAAUGCUGUUCUUUAUUCUUAGAAGAUAUUUAAACAAAUGUAUCUUUUUUCUUCAGUUUAUAACCUUUGUGCAAUAUUCCCCCUUGGUUUAGAAAUAAAUAUUCAUAUUAUUCUUGUCAUA